CCAUGACGAGCAACCAAGGUCACGUGCAGUCGCCCCCCGAUCGACAUAACUCCACGUCGACUCCACCGAACAACGGAAUGCUCUACAAGAUGACAGCGGAGCUGUUUGUCAAGGACACCGUGUGCGCCCGCGACCACAGCGGCAAGCGCCUGACACCUACCACAUUCGAGGGCACAAACUGGGGUGCCAUCAAGACACAAAUCUUUGACCAGUGCCGGCCGCACAUGGAGAACAAGGCAUCAUACGCGAAUGGUCAGUGUCACUUGAUCCCCUUACCUAUGACGACUUCGAUUGCUUCGUAUCGAUCAAAAUGGGACGGACUCCAUUCAAGCCGACAAGCAGCGCACUUGCCCAACGCUACUUGGUGGAUCAUGUCAACGAGACGUUCACGGUACUUGUGUACAAAUGGGGAAACAACAUCAACAACGCGAGUGACUUCCAGCAAUUUCAGGAGCAAUGCGUCCAAGUUCCUGAACGGGACAAAUCCGGUGCUGCAGCCGAGUCCGUGCAUCAGGCCAUGGUGGUGCAACUCAAGAAGUGGGGGUCUGUAUAUCGCGCAAGCGAGGCUGCGUGGCGAAUUUGGGCGGCUGGUAUCUUGUAGAAGCCUCUGUACUUGCAUGCUGCCAACGUUGGCAUGGCGCCCCCAUCGAAUGUGUUGCCAACAUUGCAACGAGUUCUCCGCGUUGCUGACAAACGUCUGGCGCAACACAAUAUGCAUCUACCAUUGACCAUUGUGAAUUCGUGCCUGGAAGACCUCGACGGGUUGAAGGGUGCUGCGCAAGAGAUCGUUCGUCGUCUGGAUGCCUCCAUGUGCAAUCUGAAGGCGCAAAAACGCAUGCUUGAAGCAAUGGUAGCCGACUUGCAACCAAGCAAAGUCCCCAAGUUUGGACGUGGUGGGAUGCUUGCGAUUCCAACGAACGAUGGCACACACCGUGCAGGACCUUAGCCUUUAUAGUAUCAACAAUUCAGUCAUGUUUCAUUGC